CGGUCGUUGAACUCACCUUAGUUUGUGUCCAUGUAUAACUUUCUCCGACUUUCUAGGACGUGUUUUAUGCCACUUCUUUUUCUGUCUCAUUUUGUCCCCCACACUUUUAACGUGCGUGAAUGCACAAAGGUCUGAAGAUGGACGUCUUCCUUCCACAUCGCUAACGUGCAAUGAAGCGGCUCGUUUCCUCUCCGGCACGUUGAGGGAUGUCGACUGAGGCCUCAGCUUGACGAGACGUCAGAAGCUGUGAUGAUUCCAUGUGCGAAUCCCUCCCCGUCUCCCCCGCGCCUCGGGCCAGAUCCAGAUAAAGUUCCGGAGAGAGGACACUUUUGGGAACUCGUCAGGCUUUUCCUGCAGACAGAGUGGGAGUAACUAGCGGAUGUUGAACACUUCCCAGCGAGAAAAAAACACCACCCAAAUUUUUUUUUAUUUCGGUGUCACCUGCCAGAUCGUCUUGUGUCUUCGCACCUCUCCCUCCCUCUCUGCAUUUUUCACAGGCAGAGGCGUCCAUGGACCCUCUGGCUUCCCCCCCAGUGACUUGGAAAGCUGGGAGAACUUUGUGAACUCUCCCGGCAUCUGAGCGGAGAGGAAAAGACGGGGAGGUGGGUGGGGGGAGUGUUGGAUGGAACGCGGCGUGGCGAGAGACCGAAGCAGCAGCAGCAGCAGCAUCGGCGGAAGGCUCCGGCAGAACCCUUCACUGGAGAUUAUCCACCCCACCCCCCCACCCCUCCUCCGCCUGGGUGGUGUCAUGAGAGGUCAACAACGCCCCGGCGUCCUCUUCCCCGUGGCUCUGCUGGGACUCCUGGUCGCUCUGGCCGACCUCGGCCGGGGCUCGGCCAGCGAGGACGAGGACUACUACAUGCAGGAGCUGCUGACCAGGGAACAGUACGCCCGGGUCCAGAUGCCCGAGAAGCCCGGGGCCUCCGUGGCGGACGUGCAUGAGCAACCCAGACAAUAUCCUGGCAAGAAGACGGCCAAGGGGAAGGCAGACAAAUCGUCCGGCAAAAAAGCAGAGAACAACAAGAAGGCCAACCAGAAAACCCCGAACGGAAGCUCCGAAGAAGACGGACAGCAGAAGGGGUACAACGAUGAGUGUCCUCCGAUGGGACUGGAGACGCUGAAGAUUGAUGACUUCCAGCUCCACGCUUCAACGACCAAACGUUACGGUCUGGGCGCACACAGAGGCCGCCUCAAUAUUCAGGCAGGCAUCUACGAGGACGACCUCUAUGACGGGGGCUGGUGCGCCGGGAGGGACGACCCGCUGCAGUGGUUGGAGGUGGACGCCAGGAGGCUGACCAAGUUCACAGGGGUCAUCACACAAGGCCGCAGCUCCCUCUGGUCGAGCGACUGGGUGACCUCCUACAAGGUGAUGGUGAGCAACGACAGUCACGCCUGGGUUACGGUGAAGAACGGCUCGGAGGACAUGAUCUUCAGGGGGAACCGGGAAAAAGAGAUCCCGGUGCGCAACGUUUUCCCGACCCCUCUGGUGGCCCGCUACAUCCGAGUGAACCCUCAGUCCUGGUUCACCAGCGGCAGCGUCUGCAUGAGGGCGGAGAUCCUCGGGUGCCCCUUGCCAGACCCGAAUAAUUACUACCAUCGACGCAACGAGGUCAUCACCACCGACGAGUUGGACUUCACGCAUCACAGCUACAAAGAAAUGAGGCAGCUGAUGAAGGUGGUGAAUGAAAUGUGCCCCAACAUCACUCGCAUCUACAACAUCGGCAAAAGCCACAGCGGCCUCAAACUGUACGCCAUCGAGAUUUCCGACAACCCGGGCGAGCACGAAGCGGGUGAGCCCGAGUUCCGCUACACGGCCGGUUCCCACGGCAACGAGGUGCUGGGCCGGGAGCUGCUGCUGCUGCUGAUGCAGUUCAUGUGCGUGGAGUACCUGUCGGGCAACCAGCGCGUCAGACACCUGGUGGAGGAGACCAGGAUCCACCUGCUGCCGUCUGUCAACCCCGAUGGCUACGAGAAAGCCUUCCAAGUGGGUUCUGAGCUCAGCGGCUGGUCUCUGGGCCGAUGGAGCAACGACGGAAUAGACAUCCACCACAACUUCCCCGACCUCAACUCCAUACUGUGGGAGGCUGAGGCCAAGAAGUGGAUCCCUCGCCGCAUGGCCAACCAUUACGUGGCCGUCCCCGAGUGGUACCAGACCCAAAACGCCUCGGUCGCCAUGGAGACGCGGGCUCUGAUCGCCUGGAUGGAGAAGAUCCCCUUCGUGCUGGGCGGCAACCUCCAGGGCGGCGAGCUGGUGGUGACCUUCCCGUACGACAAGACCCGCUCGCAGGGCGUCACCCGGGAGACCACGCCCACCUCGGACGACCACGUGUUCCGCUGGCUGGCCUUCGCCUACGCCUCCACCCACCGCCUCAUGACCGCCGCCAACCGACGGGUGUGCCACAUGGAGGACUUCGCCAAGGAGGACGGCACCAUCAACGGGGCGUCCUGGCACACGGUGGCGGGCAGCAUGAACGACUUCAGCUAUUUGCACACCAACUGCUUUGAGCUGUCGAUGUACGUGGGCUGCGACAAGUUCCCUCACGAGAGCGAGCUGCCGGAAGAGUGGGAGAACAAUCGCGAGUCUCUUCUCGUCUUCAUGGAGCAGGUGCAUCGUGGCAUCAAAGGCAUCGUGAGGGACCUGCAGGGCCAGGGCAUCGCCAACGCCACCAUCGCCGUGGAAGGCAUCGGCCACGACAUCCGCACAGCGGCCGGCGGGGACUACUGGCGCCUGCUGAACCCGGGGGAGUACCGCGUGACGGCGAGGGCUGAGGGCUACAGCAUGUUGAGCAAGAAGUGCGAGGUGGGCUACGAGAUGGGGGCCACCAGGUGCGACUUCACGCUGGGCCGGACCAACCUGUCCAGGAUCCGAGAGAUCAUGGAGAGAUUCAACAAGCAGGCCGGCGGCAACGCGUCUCCCAGGCCGCUGCAAGCUCGGCGGUCCAGAGCGAGACAACUUGGGACUUAAAGAAGGUUUGGGAAGAACUCUGCGCGUUCUUGUUUGGAAAAUCACCUCAAACGUACAAAGUAAACGCUCUCACGAGCUACGUUGAUGCUUACAAAACUGACACAUGUAGUAUGUAACGUACGUAGGCGGAACAAAAGCUACACUUACAUCGUCUUUUUAUGUAAAUAAAAUCCAACAGAUAAUCAAAACAACACCCGGACUCACUUAAUCUCACUUUUAUUGUGUACAUAAAGGACUUGUUAAGUUAUGUAAACCACUACAAAGUAAGUUAUGUAAACCACUACAAAGUAAGUUAUGUAAACCACUACAAUGGCAAUGCAACGGAACACUUGACUCUUUAUUAUGUCAUUGAUGUGAACACUUAUGUACGCACAUUGCUUUUUCAAAUAAACUUUAAU